UAGCACAGCCCAGCUAGCACAUACAACAUUUCUCAAUUAUCAGUCAGACGUUUCUCAACGAUGGACCGGAGCAGAGUGCUGGUGCUGUUUCUCGUGGCCGUUUUGUGUGUGCCAUCUUCGGAUGGAGCUAACAUACUCGCAAUCAUGACCGUUCCUAGCCCGAGUCAUCAUAUUUGGAAUCGUGUGUGGAUGGAAGCUCUCGUGGAUCGUGGCCAUAACCUUACCGUUGUGACCCAGGACAAGGAUAAUUCAAGGGCAAAUCUUACCUAUGUCCUGCUGGAGAACGUUUAUCCUACGUUGUUCAAGGAUGGUGCAACAAACUAUGUGGAAAUGGCUAAGGAAAGUGCAUUUCGAACAGUGUUUUCCUUUCUAGAUUAUUACGAUAGCGUUUGUGAAGGUGCGCUUGCAUCUAAGGGAUUGGAUGUGAUUCGAGCUUAUCCUAAGGAAUUCAAGUUUGACCUCGUUAUCUAUGACUAUGGAUGUGGACCUUGUCUGCUACCACUUCUUCACAAGUUCAAUUAUCCACCGCUGGUAUCGUUGACGCCAUUCAACAACCCUCCGUACUCGGUCGAUGUCGUGGGAGGUCACAAGCAAUUUGCUUACACGCCAUACUUUGCUCUCAACUACGACAGCAAGAUGAACUUCCAACAGCGCGCUUACAACACUCUGCUUUGUCUUCUGAGCUCAGCUUAUCGUAACUGGUACAUUAUGCCACAGCUAGAUCGAAAGGUGCGAUCCUUUUUCCAGUAUCCAGACAUGCCUCACCUUGCCGACCUCGAGCAACGGACACAGUUGAUGCUGGUCAACACUAACCCUGCUCUGGAUGCUCUUGAACCAUUACCACCCAACGUUAUUGCUAUUGGUGGUGCACACAUCAAAGACCCCGAACCACUUCCGGCUGAUCUGGAAAAGUUCAUCGCUUCCAGCCGAGAUGGAGCGGUGUUAUUUUCCUUAGGAUCCAACGUGCGAAGUGACCAAAUCGGCGAAGAACGUCAGCGGAUGUUCAUUGAAGCGUUCCGGCAGAUACCUCAGUAUCACUUUUUGUGGAAAUUCGAAUCGAAACUAAACCUUGAUCUUCCGCCGAACGUGAUCAUCCGCAAGUGGAUGCCGCAGAACAGCAUUUUGGCUCAUUCUAGAACGAAGGCGUUCAUUACACAUUCCGGAGGUUUGAGCACCCAAGAAGCAUCCUGGUUUGGGGUUCCGUUGAUCGGAAUGCCCUUCUUCAUGGAUCAAAUCAAGAAUUGCCAGCGAGCAGUAAGUGCCGGAGUGGCUGAGCGGCUCAACUUUAACGAUCUCUCGGUGGAGAGAAUUCGAACCACUGUCCUCAAAGUGUUGCAAACCCCCAGCUACAAGGAAAAUAUGAUGCGAAGGUCGCAGAUUUUCCGCGAUCAGGAAACGAAACCGUUGGAUCGUGCCCUGUGGUGGAUCGAGUAUGCACUUCGACAUCCGAACGUGGCCACCAUGAAGUCACCGACGCUCGAGUUGGGUGCAAUUCGAGCAAACUUGUGGGACGUUUAUGCGCUUUAUGUGGCGAUUGUUUUUGCCGCUUACAAACUUGUCACGGGAGUGCUGGGGUCGAUGGGUCGGAAGAGAGUGAAGCAAAUGAAGAGAGAUUAGUAAAUGUGCACUUUUUAAUUAAA